CUUCUUGGCAUUUCGAAAAUAUUCGGCGAUCUAGACGGUUGGGCGUUGUUGUGCUGCGACUGGUUUACGCGUUAAUUGUAAAUUUGAAUAUCCAGCUUUGGAUUUUUAUUUUUUUGUGUGUGUUUAUUUAUUAGUGAAACCAGUGAUAUCAAAAAUUUCUACAGUCUCCUUCAGUGUUUUACAGCAAAUAAGUGCAGCUGAUGCGUUGUGUUAAUGCAUAUUUUUUUAUUAAACUUUUUAAUUUGACUGCAGAUAAGUUACAAUAAAGUGAAACUUUCAAAAUGGGCUGUACAUCCGGUGUAAUGAAAUUUGUUUUGAACAUGAUGAACGUCCUGCUGGCGCUUUUCGGCCUCGCAUUGAUAGCUUUGGCAGCCCUGUCCUUCAACACUGCACCCAAAGUCUACAUCUACUAUCUAUUUGUAGUGGGUGCUGUUAAUUUCAUAGCGGCUAUGUUGGGUUGUUGCGGCAUUUGCCAGGAGGAUGUUUGUCUCACGACUACGUAUGCCAUCCUCAUAGCGCUUUCAUUGGCUUCACAAAUAGUUGGCAAAAUUUAUGCCUCCGAUUCGAACGCCAUCAAGGAGUUUGCUGCCAAAGAUGUGGAAAAGACGUGGCUGGAGGAAAUCAAAUUACCUGGUGCCAUGAAUGAUACACAGCAAACGUAUCAUUGCUGUGGCAAAAUCGGUCCCGAUGAUUACUUUUCCAUCGGACGGCGCGCUUAUCCCGCUAGCUGUUACCCCAAAAUGGUUUACAAUCAAACUGCCCUCUGGACAACUGGUUGCAUCAAAGCUGCCGAGUAUGAAUUCACCAGCAUUUUCACUUACUCAUCGAGCGGUGAAUGGGGAAAUCUUAUUGUCACGGCUGUGAUGCUGUUGUUCGCUAUUUAUCUGGUGAUACGUUUCCGUAGUAAACAGCGUCGGUAUGAUUAUUAAGCCGAAUUUCAGAAGCGUAACAUAUAGCUUUUAUGUUUACUAAAAAUGAAUGUUAAUUCGGGAAGAAGAACAAAAAGCAAAAACAUAUUUUCGCACUAAAAAUUCGAUAAGUCAUCCAAUACAUGAACAAAGCUUUAAAUAUGUACAAUCCACAUAUGUAUGUACGUAUACGUGUAUGUAUUUUUCUAUAGGCAUUUAACAGGUUUUCAGAUGUCGAAAUGUAUUUACUAUAAAUUUUAUUUAUGAGUAUGAUUAUACUUUUUCAUUCUAAAUUUUGUAAUAAAAAUAAAUAAUAUUUGUUGUUAUUCACUAAACUCAAAA